UAGUACCAGAGCAUCACGCCAAAUAGAAAGAGUUAAGCUACUAUUUUACGUUGCUAGGCUUCACAACAAUUUCCCCUUGUCUUUUCCAAGUGUACGCAAUCUGCACCACUAACUUAGAAGUGAGAUAGAGAGGUUGUUUCCGAUAUAAAACCCCAGCUCAAGAUUUACGUCGUGUCUAAGAUGCCUAAUGUGCAACAUCAAAGGUAUCAACCUCAAGGAUACCAUAGCAUCGCGCCAAUAGAAAUAGUUACCUGAGAUUGUGUUUAACAUGGAUUGUGUUUUUACCUGGGAUUACAACUCACUGAUCAAUGAGCUAACACAAGGAAUGGAACACACUAAGCAGCUUAAAACAUACUUGAGUUCUGUACCUUCCACUUCUGAAUCGACUCCGAAUUCGCUUCUUCAGAAGAUUCUUUCUUCUUACGAGAAAUCUCUGUUGAUUCUCAAAUGGACUGGCUCAACAGUACAAUCCUUACAGCCGCUACCACCAACAGGUGGUGCAAUUGAACCUCCUCCGGCGGCUUCUGACGAUCGAAGCCAUAACUGUGAUGACAAGAAAAGAAGCUUCAAUGAUCAUACGGAACUCAUAGAUAGUUCAAACAAGAGAAAAUCACAGCCCAGAUGGACUAAACAAGUUAAUGUCCGCACAGGGAGAGGAUUUGAAGGUCCUCUUGAUGACGGAUAUAGCUGGAGAAAGUACGGGCAGACUAAAAUUCUAGGUGCUUAUUAUCCGAGAAGCUAUUACAGAUGUAGAUAUUGGCUCCUGAAAGGUUGUGCGGCGACAAAACAAGUACAACGAUCAAAUGAUGAUAUUACGAUAUUUGAGAUCACAUACAAAAACUCCCAUACUUGUCGCGAAGUUACUAAUUCUGCAUUACAACCAAAAUCACCAGAAAAACAAGCCAACCACCAAACGCCAACAGUUGAUGGCUAUUCACCGUCUUUUGCCUCUCCGACAGCCACUGAAUCAAACUACUUAUCAGUUUCCGGCAGCCAGAUGAAUAGCUU